AUGUCGGAGAAACAGAAGGGCAUCUCCCUCCGCAAGAAGCGGGGGGACAAGAGCAAGAAGAACGCGCCGCCGCCCACCAUCAGCGCGCCGCGACAGAUUAGUGCGCCCAUGCCCGCAGGCGUCGCUGCUGCUGCCGCCGCUUCACUCCCAAGCUCCGGGCGCCCUUCGAACGAAUCCAGCCGAUCGAGGACCAGACAGGAUGGCCCUCCAUCGCAACCAAGACCGCAGCGGCCAGAUAAGACGGCGGAUCUCGUCAAGAGGAGGUACUCCCAAAAGAUCACAACGCUGCCUAGCGACUUCGGGAAUGGCGAGCCUAUGCCGCAGAUGCCACAAAUGCCUGUUCAGUACAGAGAGAAGAGCCAGACGAGAGAGGGCCGGCCGCCCGGAAGCUCCAAUGGACGGGUCCUGCAAGUCGACCCGCGCGCAUUGCGGGACCCCAACCUGGAAGUAGAGCGAUAUGUAUCAACUAUCCUCGCAGACGCCUCUGAAGCAGACAUCAGCCGCUACCAGGACGAGCUGCGCAAGACAAAGCAUCGUACAUCGCUCGACCUCCAGCACAACGUAUACCAAAACCGCACACAGUUUAUCAAGAUCAGUAAAGAAGCAGAGAAGCUCAAGGGCGAAAUGCGGACGCUUCGUCAGUUGAUGUCUGACCUAACAACUACCUUGGAGCAGACAGCAUCAGCUACGGGUGCCGCCAAUGACGCCGCGAGCUCGCGAAGAGCCAACCGAAGUUCGAUCGGAGAUCUCAAUCAAUUGCGCGCAGGCCAGCUACAGCAGUUGUACAGGGACGUUGAGGGCUCGCAGAAGUAUCUACCACCCAUACCCGGACGAUAUAUCGUGUGGAAGUCAACGAGAUGGUUCGAACUGGACUCUGCAACCCUCAAGGCAAGACGAAGAGUAAGGCUACUGCUACUGAAUGAUCAUCUCCUUAUCGCGUCAGAGAAAAAGGCACGCAACGAUGUUCCCGGACAGCGUGAUGGCAACAGAGCAAAUAUGGAGUUUACGGCCCAGAGGUGUUUCCCCUUGCAAGAUACCCAGGUGAUUCGGACCCCGGAGGAGCGCAUCAUCAUACGCGCUGGCUCCGAAUCUUUCACGUACGACACCAAGAAGGAGGACAGUGGUGACAAGUCUGCUUUCGUUGCUACCUUCCGCAAGACUAAGGAUGACCUGCGCAAGAGCCAAGAAGCGGAUGUACAGGAGAAAGACCGAACGCAAGACUCUUACAGCCAUCUUCUUUCACGCGACCCUGCUUUCAUGAACAGGACAGAGUUGUUGGACAAUCUCUCGGACGGCAUCAACAACGAACAAGUCAGUACUUUUGUUGACAUUGACGGACAACAGCGCAAUAUCCGGUGGGUAGAAAGUCAACUAGACGAUUUGGACAUUGAGAUCGCGCUUCAACAUUUCCAGGACGCUGUCCAGAAAGUGGACCGGCUCAAAGCACUUGCAAAGAACAUUAGAAGCAAUGAGAUGGCCAAGACAAUCGUCACCUACAAGGUCAAUGAGCGCGCUGCGAAGCUCGCGAAUGUUUUGGUCAAGCACAUGGUAGAGCACAACAACUGGUUCACCUCUGUCAGGCAACACGUGAGUUGGGUAGUCCAACUAGGCUUCGAAGACCGUGCACGAGAAGCCUAUCUGGAAGCUCGCGGUAACCUGAUCAGAACUCGCACGCGGCAAUGCAUAUUCGAAGGCAAUCUCCCAGACUAUAUCUUCCAGAUCUCCUACAUCUAUUUCACCAUCAUCAAGAACACCGUCGACAUGUAUCAGAAGUGCUUCCCACAACAGCUCAUGUCCGCGUGCGUCAAGUGGUCGAAAGAGCACAUCGACCAAUUCAACAUACUAUUAAAAAGGCAACUGAGUAGCGUGGACGAAGGCGGAAAUGUGUGGAACGAGUGCUUGAGAUUGGCACAUGAACAUGCAGAGAUGCUCAGGGAGGUUGGAUUGGAUUUCACUGAAUUGGUCGGGAAUGGAAUCAGUGGACAGGACGGUGAAGAAGAUCAGCCUGUGGGAUUGGGGGUGUCAUAA